UCCCAGUGGUACCUUCAAGGAGAGGGUUGUACCACCUUGACUCCUACCUUCACUCGCUCCAUUUGCCUCCCUUUUAGAUUAGGAUUCACCUCGGUGCCCAUGGUUAAGGGGAUUCCUAUUGCUUCGCUAAACUGCACACGCACAGACCCACGAGUGCAGUGCCUAAGACUAGCUUUUUCUGGCUGCUUGCCUCCGGGAGGGAUGCUUCUACCCCCUCUCGCCACCUCAUGUCCCCUCUCGCCCCGCCUUUUGUGACCAGAGAAUUGUACGGAAUAGAUGUCUAGAUGGUGACCCUCACGGAGAACUGUCUCGGCGCAGCCAUGCUGGUCUCCUGACAACGUCACCCACAGCCAAAGUCUGCAGAUUCCUAAUCGUACCUUCUUCAGGGGUUCUGUGUCUGGAGCCAUUGCACUUCACACCUUACUGGAGGCUGCAGAAUCUUCUACACUCUUCAGCUUUAGAAGAAGGGGCUGAGGCCCUGGGUAAACAUGCCGUCGAAUGAGAAAUCACCCCAGAGAUUUCCUGCCUUGAUGCCAGAAGAACCUUGUAGAUCAAUUGAGGGAUCUGUGUCAUUUGAAGAUGUGGCUGUGGAUUUCACCCAACAGGAGUGGCACAGACUGGACCCUACCCAGAGGAAUAUGCACAAGGAUGUCAUGCUGGAGACCUACAGUCACUUGGCAUCUCUGGGUCUCUGCAUGGCCAAACCAGACAUGAUCUUCAAGUUGGAGCAGGGAGAAGGACUGUGGCUAUUAGAAGAGGAAUCCUCAGGACCCAUGUCUUUGCUGUGUGGCAACAGUUCAAUUGAGAGUAAUGCCCUUGUGCUGGAGAAGAACAGCUUUCAGCAUCGGAGUACUCAAACUGUAAAUCGAAAUGUUGGUUGUAAUAGAUGUGAGGAAAUCUUCCAUGAAGAAACAAGCUUUGUUCGACAGCCAAGGAAUCCUACCAGAGAUAAAACCUUUGAAUGUCAUGAAUGUGGAAAAGCGUACUGCAGGAAAUCUAACCUUGUUGAGCACCUGCGAACCCACACAGGAGAGAGACCCUAUGAGUGUGGUGAAUGUGCAAAGACCUUCACAGCAAGGUCCCACUUCAUUGCUCAUCAGAAAACUCACUCAGGAGAGAGACCCUUUGAAUGUCACGAAUGUGGGAAAUCUUUUGGCAGAAAAUCACAACUCAUUCUACACUGCAGAACACACACGGGAGAGAGGCCCUUUGAAUGUACUGAGUGUGGGAAAACCUUUUCUGAGAAGGCAACCCUCACAUGCCACCAGAGGACCCACACGGGUGAGAGGCCUUAUAAAUGCAACCAAUGUGAUAAGACAUUUCGUGUCAAGAUAUCCCUCACCCAACACCUAAGAACUCACACCGGGGAGAAACCCUAUGAAUGUGGGGACUGUGGGAAAAACUUCUGUGCCAAGAAAUCUCUAAACCAGCAUCAAAGGAUUCACACAGGUGAGAAGCCCUAUGAGUGUGGAGACUGUGGAAAAUUCUUUCGAAUCAAAAUGACUCUCAGUAAUCACCAGAGAACCCACACAGGGGAAAAGCCCUAUCGUUGUAGCGAAUGUGGGAAAGCCUUCAGGGUACACUCGUCUCUGGGCAUCCACCAGAGAAUCCAUAGCGGAGAGAAGCCCUAUGAGUGUAAGGAAUGUGGAAAUGCUUUCUACGUGAAGGCCCGGCUCGUGGAGCAUCAGCGUGUGCAUUCAGGAGAGAAACCCUACGAAUGUAGUGACUGUGGGAAGAUCUUUAGCAUGAAAAAAUCCCUUCGUCAACACAGGAGAACUCACACUGGUGAGAAGCCUUAUGAAUGUCCUGAGUGUGGGAAUGCCUUCUAUGUGAAAGUGCGCCUUCUGGAGCAUCAACGAAUUCAUACAGGGGAAAGGCCUUUUGAAUGUCAAGAAUGCGGAAAGGGCUUCUGUCGGAAAGCCCACCUCACAGAACACCAGAGAACUCACUUGGGCCAACCCUGGGUUUGCGCACUAGAGAAAGCCUCUCCUUGAAGAUUCCCUUGCUCCCUUGCAUACCGGGUCAAGCCCCCGGGGGCAGCUAAUCAAGCAGAACAUGCAAAGCAUAUUCGCCACGGUAUGGUGCUUAGACUGAUAUUUAAAAAUGUGUCUUGCUGGGUGGUGGUGGCACAUGCCUGUAAUCCCAGCACUUGGGAGGCAGAGGCAAGCGGAUUUCUGAGUUUGAGGCCAGCCUGGUCUACAGAGUGAGUUCAGGACAGCCAGGGCUACACAGAGAAACCCUGUCUCGAAACAAACAAACAAACAAACAAACAAACAAAAAACCCCAAACAAACAAACAAAAAAAUGUGUCUUGAUCUCUUUAUUCCAAUAUUCCAUCUCAUUGUUCUUUACUUUUUUGAGACAGUUUGUAGCCCAGGUUGGCCUCCCAAGUGCUGGGAUUACAGGCGUGCGCAACCGCUGCACUGCGGCCUUGAACUUUUGCCUCAGUCUCUUGAGUGCUUUGAUAAAGGUAGGCAAAUAGUUUGCCUGGAUGGUUUCAUUUGUAUUUCUCCAUUUGGUGGUGAAAUUGAACUUAUUGUCUGAUAAUUAGCUAUGUCAAUAUUUUUCUUAUCUGUACUGACUGCUCAUAUCCUUUACUGUUUCCUAAUGAGAUGUUUACCUUUUACAUUCUGAUUUAAAUGUUGUCGUGUUCUGGUUUAAAUGCUGUCAUUGAUAUUACUGCUUUCUAUGUAAGCAUA